AUUUAUUUUUUAUAACGCUCAUUCGCAUUCAGGCAAAAUUCCUACUAUUCUGAAACAGAAGGGGGAAUAUUAGAACUAUCAACCGCCUUCACCUGUACUGCCGCCUCCUGGACGGCCGUGUCCCCGGUGCAGAAGACGGUGCUAUAAACGAGCCAGCAUCUUAUGAGCCCCACACUCAAUGCACAAGAGCUGCGAGUGGAGAAAGGGAUGGCAACGCGAAUACCCAAACUGUUCCUCCUUCUGGGGCUGUUUUUGUCGGGGACCGUGGCGGCUGGAGGAAACCGAGCGGGACCCGUGCAUGAUGAGGACCGGGAGAAGGAGACCGACACGGAAAGCCCGUGCGAAGUUAAAACCGUGACCGUAUCUACCCUGCCUGUGCUCAGGGAGAACGAGUUCAGUUUCACCGGUGGUGGCUCGGGAAACGUGGCCGGAGGGGAAUCCCGACUACUGUUGUUUGUUCGGACUGACCUACCGGGAAGAAUAUCUGUACUGGAUGAUCUGGACAACACUGCGCUCCCGUAUUUCACGUUAGAGAUGUCGGGGACAGGAGCAGACAUCUCUCAGGUGCACUGGAAGCAGCAGUGGCUGGAGAACGGGACGCUGUACUUCCACGUGUCCAUGAGUAGUUCAGAGCAGCUGUCCCAACCCACACAUCCCAGCCCCAGAGAACCGCCCAGCAGCAUUCACGAACACAUGCAUCUACUGCACAUCUCCGUCAUGGGAGGCCUGAUAGCGCUGCUUCUGCUCAUCCUGCUGUUCACGCUGGUGCUGUACACGCGCCACCGCUGGUGCAAGCGUCGCCGGGUGCCCCAGAAGAGCGCCAGCACCGAGGCCACGCACGAGAUCCACUACAUCCCCUCGGUGCUCCUGGGGCCGCAGGGCCGCGACUCCUUCCGCGGCUCCCGCCAGCUGCACCAGCACGGCUCGGUCAUCGGCAUGCCCAUCCGCGAGACGCCCAUCCUGGACGACUACGACUGCGACGAGGACGAGCACGCCGUGCAGGCCCCCACGCACAACCAGCUCCACGGCGUAGGGCCGCUGGACGACUUCAAGGCUGAGGAGGGCUACGGAAGCGGAGGAGGAGGAGGAGGCCUCGGAUUGCACGCGCACUCCGACAGCCUUAGUAAGACGGACGACAACCACAAGCACAUCCUGGAUAAGGGAGUGCCUGACCCCCAGCAGGAGACUGUGGAGGAGCUCAUGCAGAGGUUUAAGGACAGCUUUCAUACUAACACAGCCAUGGACAUGAGCCACUUCCAGAAUACUACUCACAGCUCCUCCACUGGUAGGAGGAGGGGACCCAACAUCACACGAGGCAAUGCAUUUGGUCGUCAGGGCGACCAUAGUUCCGAGGUGGAGGAUGAGAUUCAGAUGAAGUUCUACACGGAACACAGGGGCCGACGGCGUAGUAAAGGUUGCCCCCACAGCCCGUUGAACAAGGCCACGCUGACUCUGAUCACCAUCAGCACGUGCGUACUGGCCGUGGUGUACAGCACGCAGAUCUCCUGCCCUCUCUCCGUCAAAGUCACGCUGCACGUGCCCGAACACUUCAUCGCUGACGGAAGCAGUUUUGUGGUGAGCAUGGGCAGCUUCCUGGAUGUGUCAAACUGGCUGAACCCUGCCAAGCUUACCCUGUACUACCAGACCAACAGCUCCUCUCAGUGGGUCAGGGACUACUGCGGACAGAGGACCACGGAGCCCUGCGAACAACUGUGUGACCAGGAAACAGGAGAGUGCAGCUGUCAUGAGGGCUACUCACCGGACCCCGUGCAUAAGCACCUGUGUGUUCGCAGCGACUGGGGGCGCAACGAAGGCCCGUGGCCUUACACUAACCUGGAGAGGGGCUAUGACCUGGUCACCGGGGAGCAGGCGCCGGAGAGGAUCUUCAGGUCCUCCUACAGCCUGGGCCAGGGACUCUGGCUGCCCGUCAGCAAGAGCUUUGUGGUGCCACCAGUGGAGCUGUCAAUCAACCCGGUGGCCAGCUGCAAGACAGAUGUGCUGGUUACUGAGGAUCCAGGGGAUGUCAGGGAGGAGGCCAUCAUGUCGACGUACUUUGAGACAGUGGAUGACCUGCUGGCCUCGUUUGGGCCCGUCCGAGACUGUUCCAAGGACAACGGAGGCUGUCGCAAGAACUUCAAAUGCGUGUCUGACCGCCGACUAGACUCUACGGGCUGCAUGUGCCCUGAAGGUCUGCGUCCAAUGAAGGACGGCUCGGGUUGCUAUGACUACUCGAAGGGCACCGACUGCACCGACGGCUUCAACGGGGGCUGUGAGCAGCUGUGUCUACAACAGCUGGUGCCACUGCCUGACGACCCCACUUCCAGCAACGUGCUCAUGUUCUGCGGGUGUGUGCAGGAGUAUAAGCUGGCAUCAGAUGGGCGCUCCUGCCUUCUGCUCUCAGACAACUGCGAGGGCCCGAAGUGCCCGAGGCAGGACGGGCGGUUCAACAACACGCUCUUCAGCGAGAUGCUGCACGGAUACAGCAACAGGAGCCAGCAGGGCAACCUCGCGCAGGUCUUCCAGAUGACCUUCCGGGACAACAACUUCAUCAAGGACUUUCCCCAGCUGGCUGACGGGCUGAUGGUUAUUCCACUGCCUGUGGAGGAGCAGUGCAGAGGAGUGCUGUCAGAACCACUGCCAAACCUGCAGCUGCUCACAGGCGAUGCUCAGUUCAAUGAGGCGAUGGGUUACCCUAUGGUCCAACAGUGGAGAGUGCGCAGUAAUCUCUACAAAGUCAAGCUCAGCGCCAUCACUCUGGCCACCGGGUUCUCUAAGGUGCUGAAGGGGCUGACGGGCGACAGCACACGAGAGGAGAUGCUGGCCUUCAUCCUGCAGUAUGGCACACACUACGUCUCCGAGGCCCUCUACGGCUCCGAGCUGGCCUGCAACAUCUACUUCCCAAGCAAGAAGGCCCAGCAGCAACUCUGGCUACAGUACCAGAAAGAGGCGACAGACCUGGGCAGCCGUCGUGAGCUGCGCUCCCUGCCCUUCAUCAGCUACCUGUCCGGUCUGCUGAAGACGCAGCUGCUGUCGGACGACCUGGUGUCCGGCGUGGAGAUCCGCUGCGAGGAGAAGGGCAGCUGCCCCUCUGCCUGCCACCUGUGCCACCAGCCGGGCCACGAGACGCCCAGCCCCUCGCCCGUGCUGCUGGAGGUCAGCCGCAUCGUGCCCCUCUACAGCCUGGUGCAGGACAACGUCACCAAAGAGGCCUUCAGGACCGCCACCAUGAGCUCGUACUGGUGCGGGGGGAGGGGUGAUGUCAUCGAGAACUGGUGUCGCUGUGACCUCAACGCCUUCGGCAAAGACGGACUGCCCAAUUGCAGCCCCCUGCGACAGCCUGUUCUUAGAUUGGCCCCUCAUAUGGAGCCCUCCAGCACGAUGGUGGCCCUUGAGUGGGUUGACGUCGAGCCUCUGAUUGGCUAUAAGGUCUCUGAUUACAUCAUCCAGCACAAGCGUAUAGAGGAUCCUUCAGAGGCAGAGAUCUACUCAGGAGAGGUUCUGAGUCUGGUUGAUGACCUCUUCUCAGGACUGGGCUCAUCCUGUGUGGUUGCCGGGAGACACAGUGCUGACAGCUCUCACCCUGCUCUCUACACGCUGGUUUUCAAGUGUCUGGAGCCCGACAGCCUCUACAAGUUCACUCUGUACGCCAUUGACAGCCGCGGCAGUCGUUCAGAAGCCAGCUCUGUGACAGUGCGGACUUCCUGUCACAUGGUGGAUGACAGCAGAGCAGAAGAGUUAGCUGAUAAGGUGUAUAAUCUGUAUAAUGGCUACACCAGUGGCAAGGAGCAGCAGAUGGCCUACAACACCCUGAUGGAGAUUCCUCCACCCCUGCUGUACCGGGUGCAGCACCACUACAACUCCCACUAUGAGAAGUUUGGAGACUUUGUGUGGAGGAGCGAGGAUGAGCUGGGACCUAGAAAAGCUCACCUGAUCCUGAGGCGGACGGAGCGCCUGAGCCACCUGUGCCGAUCACUCCUGCGCAGCGGCUACAUCCAAAGCCGGACGGAUACCACACCGUAUGUGCUGUGCCGCAGCGAGGAGGCCCGGCCCGUCGGCACCACGUGGCAUGCCUCCUUACACGAGACCCGGCUCUCCUGCGUGGAGAGGAUGCUCUCCGUGCAGAGGAACAUUUACGGCAAGUCCAAGCUGCGGUGAGAGAGAGAGAGACGCAGCCAGUGGAGGGGAACCGGGAGAGUAGCUGGACCGGGAACACACCUGGCCCUGAUGCGGUGUGGAUCUGCUCCAGAAUCCAUGCCAGAUCAAAGCCAGAUCAGGGCCACGUAAAGGCCAAAUCAGGACCACAUCAGGGUCAGAUCAAGGCCAAAUCAAGGCCACAUCAGGGUCAGAUCAGGGCCAGGUCUGUUCCAACCUCAGCUGCUGUCUUCACCCCAGGACUCGCCCUUGUCAGUUGCCCUUCUCUCUCAAGGUCGCCGCUUUCUGUCUCUGUCCAUCCUCGGAUGCUCUCAGCUUUCUUUCUUCAAGUUCUUUUUUUUUUCUACCAGAAGAACUAAAGAACUGCUCUUGCGGCUAGAGAGCAUUUUUUAACACAAAGGAACAUUUAGUUUAUCUGAGCUUUUGUCGAGUGUCUGAAGCAAAGCAGCAAACUAGCAGGGGCUAGUGGAUUGGGGCGUUGUAAAGAUGAAAAUAUGACAUAUUUUAUUUGCUGUCAAGGUGACGGUGACAAAGAAGGGGUGACCCCCAAGCAUGUAGACGUUUCUCUCCUCAAGAGGAAAAGGACGAACAAAUCAAAGACUGAAUGUAAAGUCUGGCUGAUUCAUGGUGCUUUAACUAUGUAAGCAUUUCCAGGAAAACAUAUGACAUCAUUAAUAACAAAGACCCUUAUCUUCAAGCAGCGUAACACACUAGAGAUUCUGUAUGAGAGUUGUGGUUCAGUUCCCCCCUCACUGUAUUUUGCAGAUGCACCAGGAGAUGGCAUUGGCUCUGUAUUGAAACUGACUGAUGUAAUGGGUCUCAUUUAGCCUUUAAACUCUCAUCACCACAUUGGUGAGACGCCAGUGCAACACAUUGGAUCAUUUCCUCACAGUAAGUCCGUCACUUUCCCAAACUGUUUUAAAAUGAACAGUGCUUUUGAGUCAGUAGCGUGUGGCUCGCCUCGCCUCAGCUCCGCUCAGCUCAGCUUUUAUAUGCAGUACCAAUUAGUCAGAGUGUCGCUGGAACAUGUUUUUGGAGAGACUCUUUUCCAGCUCUUUGUAUCUAACUAUUUCCCCAUUCGUCUACAUGUACAGACUUACGUGAGGCAGCGUGCCUCAGCUGGACACUGAGAUGUCGGUUUGCAAACCUGAGUUAAAAGCCAUUUUGUUGGGGUUUCCUUUCAAACUUCUUUCUAAUUCUGCCAGAAGAGAAAAAAAAAUCACUGCUGCUUGAAUAAUAUGCUUAAAUGACGUAAAAUGAAUGCUUUUCGGUGGUUGGAAGACCUCUUUCAGAAGACUUUGGCCAUAAAUGGAGGCACAUGAGCGUUACUAUAUAUGAAUAUGUAUAACAUUUCAUACUCUAAGUCAGGAUUCUUCUUUUGAGAGAAUCAGUCAAAAGGUCUAUUUAUCUCAAAGGCCAAAAAAGUUAUUUUAAGUCAUUAUUUUUUCAAAUAGUUUUAUUUCAGAUAGUUUUGUUUCAUGCCAUGAAUUGUGAUAGUAAAUUAUAAUAUUGUACAUAAACACAUGUAAAUAUCAUAUGUGAUUAGAUGGCUCUGGUUGUCCUUUUGGCAAACUUAAAAAAAAUAUUAAAUAUGUAUAUAAAAUGCAAAA